AAAAAAAUGUAUUUCACCAGGUUAAAUUUGUUUGUGGAGUAAAACCUAUCCAAAUUAAACUUUUCUAAGUAUGAGUCUUUGUUGAAAGGUCAAUGAAGUUUACUAGGUGUAAAAAAGUUUUCUACUUUUCAGGCAUGUAGAAUGUUGAUCCACGAGUACCGGGUGAUCUUGCCAGUGACGGUGGAAGAGUACCAAAUAGCCUCCCUCUACACGAUAGCCCACAUGAGCAGAGAGGAGACUGGCGGAAGUGAAGGCGUGGAGGUUGUGAAGAACGAACCCUUCAGCGACUACCCUCUCAUGGACGGCAAGUACUCUUCGGGACAGUACUCCUUCAAAAAGUACCACCUGGAUAAGAAGAUGCCGACGAUACUGAGGCUGAUAUCUCCCAAGGGCUCGAAGGAACUUCACGAAGAAUGUUGGAACGCGUAUCCAUACUGCAAAACUGUUAUCACCAACCCGGGGUUCAUGAAGGACGAUUUUCGUUUGGAGAUAAUCACGAUGCACACGAACGACAGAGGGAAAGAGGAAAACGCACUCCAACUUUCUCAAGAGGUUCUGGGACAACGGGAAGUGUUUGUUAUAGAUAUCGCCAACGAUCCUGUGGCCAGUAAUGACUAUAGCCGCAACACUGACCCCAAGUUAUACCGUUCUGCCAAGACCAACCGAGGUCCUUUGCAGGGUGAUUGGGUAGACACUGUGACUCCUGUUAUGACGUGCUACAAACUCGUCACCGUCCACUUCCGAUGGUUCGGUCUGCAGAACAAGGUUGAGAAGAUUUUGCAGAAUUUCCAACGACGUUUGUAUACCGUUGUCAACCGGAAGCUGUUUUGCCUUAUGGACGAGUGGUACAAUCUCACGUUAGAGGAUAUAAGGAAAUUUGAAGAGGAAACCAAAGCUUUUUUGAAUCAACAACGUACGUGUGGAGUGGUUACAGGGACCGUGGAUUUCACAUAGUUUUUCACCUCAUAUUUGCGUGUAAUAUAAGAAUAUUUAAAUACAAUUUACCAUGGGCCCCAA